CCAUCCUAAAAACAUCUCACUGUAACGGGCAGGAAAACAAAACAAAAUUUGUGAAAUAGUUAAUAUAAUAAUAAGAAUAAGUAUGACUUGCAAUUUUAACUUUUUCCAUCGAAUUUCUACAGAAAUUGAUUAAUAAGAAAGCUAUAAGCGUUGUAAAAAUGCCCCACGAUCAUCGCAAAGAACGAAAAAUAUUACCGCCCUUGUCACCCGGACCCGUACUUGACAUUUCGGAUGACGAGCUCGUUACAAUCUCCGUACGCGAUUUGAACAGGCAACUCAAGCUGAGAGGUCUGACGAGGGAAGAAAUUGUUCGUAUGAAACAACGAAGACGAACGUUAAAGAAUCGUGGUUACGCUGCAUCGUGUAGGAUCAAACGUAUAGAGCAAAAGGACGAGUUGGAAACGGAAAAGACGCAAGAGUGGAAAGACAUCGAGGUAAUGCACGACGAUCUGCAAGAGAUGAAAAACGAAGUUAAUAUACUCAAAAAUCGAUUCGAGGCCUUAAAAAAGUUCGCGUUGAAUAAUAAAAUACCAAUACCUCCAGACCUACAGACAUUAUAGGCGCAUCAUUGUGAAUACCCGUUUUACAUUCCUUUGUUUUAUUGAACUGUGAAUUUAGCACGAGAGCACUGUACAUACAAUUUUAAUAUUACUGGACUUCCGUAGCAAUUAAAAAAAAUAAAUUAGUGCAUACAUUACGACGGAUCA